AUGCAAUCGGGACUGACUAUUUUUUCCCUCUCUUUUCGUCGGCGUCUGACGAGGCAGCUCGCUUCCAUCUGCUUCAGACCGUUGCGCCCGGUCUGGCCGGUCUCAUGCCCCAUUUCGGAUGAGGCAUUUGACUGCCUUGCAGAGCGCAAAGGUGGAGCCAGCCUGUGCAGCCACAAUAUGGUUGGGAGCAUCGGACACCUUUCGCAAUCUCAUCUUUCGGCCCUUCAAACCGAAGCCUUGCCAGACCUCUCUUUUGCGACCAGUGAUCAUCUUUUCUCCACUCGCGCUGUAUGGCCGCACACGCGCUCGCCAACCUGA